ACCCGGGGAUGGGAUGCCGUGCUUGAUGGGAACUUAUGGGUUUGCAGUUGGGAGGAGGGAGGCAGGUUGCUAUGGUUGCUGAACAUAAGGCUGCCUCUUUUUCACUCACCCCUUUCCUAAAUCUAGACAGAUGCAGGGGGAAGGAGUUCCAAGGUGCCAGUGGUUACUCCACCCCUUUUAAGGAGAGGCCAACUCAUUCCCCUCCCCCAUUCACUGUCCCUCCUUGAGAAAGGAAGACAAGCAGUCCUGCCCGUUUCAAAGGGACAGCUCUACCUUUCACUGGGAUAUACCACUGAGGAGGGGGAGGUGUCAAAGCUGUGCAGCUAUGCCAUUUGGUGAGAUGCCAGUCCCCUGAAAGGGGUCCCAAAGCCAAAUCUAAUUCAACCUUUUUUCCCUCCCUAACCCCUCAGCAGGAAAAGCAAUCAGCCUUGGGGAUUUCUAUAUACCUCUCUCCUAAAAAGACUGAACUUCCAGAGAGAAUGAGGACUAUGCCUUAUCCUUCUCAGGGUUCCUCCUGCCACCCCACCCCCCCCUGCACCCAGCCCAGGGCCUUGCUCCCAAUGGGGGCAAACCUUUAUGUCUAUAGGCUGUUCACAGAAGAGAGGCUGCUGCCCACUGCUCUUACAGCUUUGCCCAGAAUCCUUCCCUUCCUAUGCCUCAGUCUCCUUAUCAGUAAAAUGACAGGGUUGGACUCAGUGGUCAUAGGAUACUGUUAUUAGGGCCAGAGGGGACCUCCAAACCCAGCCUCCCUCCCUUUACAGCUGAGGAGCCUGAGGCCAGAGGAGUACAAUGGGUUAUUGGGAAGAUUUGAACUCAGGCCCCAUAGUCAGUGAGCUUGCCACUGUAUGGUGCUGCAUCCUUCUAUGAGGCUUUUAAACGCCCAUGUCCCUGACUAACCAGGCUUGAUAGAACUCAAGGUCUGGAAAGGAGGUUGUUUGGUUUGGUUAGGUUUUGGGUUUUUUUUGGGGGGGGGGUUGCUGGGGAGAAGAAAGACAGGAAGUGGAAAGCUUCCUUGCGCUAGCUUAACCUGUUAGGACCAGUCUGGUCUUGGACACGGAGGGCACGGGGUAGAGGGGAGCCCAGGUUGCCAACAAUGAUACAGACCCUCCUUUAGGUCCAAGUAUUUAUUGAGUACCUCCUGUCCACCUGAAUCCAGUUCCAGUGAGACAAGAGUCUAAUGGAACAGCAACUCAAAUUUCCAUGAUGUUUCAAGGUUACAGAACACUUCUGAGCUAAGCCCUUUCCUUUCAGCAGUCUUACAUGGAAACUUGAGGCUUACCCUGCAUCAUCCAGACUUGGACUCUUACUGCCCACUGGUUCCAUUCACUGCUUUCUCAGAAGUGCUGCCCCUAGGGCUUAGGGUGAGCACUGAGUCAUUCUCUUAGACCCUAGGGGCCUUAGCCCCAGAGCCUAAGGCCAGGGAAGGUGGGAGAUGCAGGCCCCACAGCUUCCUUGAGGGGAACUUGGGGCUCUUCCAGAGUGGAGAGAGAGAAAGGGGGCAGCACUCAGUCUGAGUAGAGAAGCAGGGUUGACCCCGUAUCCCACAGAUAGGAAAACUGAAGUCCUAGCAUGUGUGGGACUCAAAGCAGAUCUGUUUGAAGGCAGAGUAGAGACAGAAAAAAGCAGGUUUCCUAUGUGUGUGAUGGUCCAAGUAUGAGAUGGUGUGAGACAGCUCCCAGCCCCUCUGCUCUGUGAUGGUCCAGGCUGAGCCCAGGUGGGGGAGGGGGGGUGGAGGGGGUCUGGAGAAGGAUUUGUCCUCUUCAAGAGACAAGGUCUUCAGUUGGUUCAGCAGAAGCUGCCUGAGCUGUUUAUCACCAGGACAGAAAGAAGUGUCGAGUGGAACAGGGAGUGCGUAUAGUGGGAACAGAAGAAUUGGAAGGCACCAUGAACUAAUCGUAAUCACCCUCUCAAGCCUCAGUUUCUUCCUCUGUAAAAUGAGGAGUUUGGACUAGGCUGCCAGAAUCCUGGGGCCAGCCCCACUUCCAAAAGCCAGAUGCGUCUUACCCGAUGCCAGGUCGCACUGGCGGCCGCCAUUACCCUCAACCUCCUUGUCUUCUUCUAUGUGUCGCGGCUCCAGCAGCAGCGCCGGCGGGGGGGCCGGGCAGUCCGGCUCCCCCGACUUCCGCACUCGGCCCCAGACUCUCGGGUCACCGUGCUCAUCCGGGAAUUUGAAGCCUUUGACAACGCUGUGCCCGAGGUGGUGGCCUCCUUCCUGCACCAUGAUCCCACCCAGCCCAUCGUUGUGGCCGCUGACACUCUCCCCUACCCGCCCUUAGCCCUGCCUGCCAUUCCUAACGUCCGGCUGGCCCUGCUUCAGCCUUCCCUCGAUCGGCCAGCUGCUGCUUCCCAGCCAGAAACUUAUGUGGACACGGAGUUUGUGGCCCUGGUGCCUGAUGGUACGAGGGCAGAGUCCCCUGGGCAGCUCCAGCGCAUGGCAGAGGAGCUGAAAAACACCCAUGCCCGACUGGUGGCUGCACCCGUGGCAACAGCAAACCCCCCCCACUGCCUGGCGCUGGAGGUGAAUCUGCGUGAGUGGACAGCCAGCUACGGACCAGCCCCCGACCCUCCCUUCUGUGAUGCCCUGGAUGGAGAGGUAGUGGUGGUGGUCAGGACGCGGGAUCUCUUUAACCUCUCCGCACCCCUCGCCCGGCCCAUGAGCACUAGCCUCUUCCUUCAGACCUCAGUCCGAGGCUGGUCUGUGCGCCUCCUAGACCUGCCCUUUGCCCCUGCCCGGCAGCCUCCCUUGGCCACAGCCCACGCCCGCUGGAAGGCCGAGAAGGAAGGCCGUGCCCGGCGCGACGCACUGCUGCGGACGCUGGGCGUGCGGCUGGUCAGCUGGGAGGGCGGGAGGCAGGAGUGGUUCGGCUGUGGCAAGGAGACGGCCAGGUGCUUCGACACGGUGGUAGGCGACACUCCUUCCUACCUCUACGAGGGCCGCUGGACGCCCCCCUGCUGCCUGCAGGCCCUCCGCGAGACCGCCCGGCACGUCAUCGGCGUCCUCGAGGCUGCCCGGGUGCGCUAUUGGCUGGAAGGGGGGAGCCUGCUGGGAGCGGCGCGGCACGGUGACAUCAUCCCUUGGGACUAUGACGUCGACCUGGGCAUCUACCUCGAGGACGUGGCCAACUGUGAACAGCUGCGGGGGGCUGAGGUGGGCUCGGUGGUGGACGAGCGAGGUUUCGUGUGGGAGAAAGCUGUGGAGGGAGACUUCUUCCGGGUUCAGUACAGCGAGACCAACCACCUCCACGUGGACCUGUGGCCCUUCUACCCCCGGAACGGCGUCAUGACCAAGGACACGUGGCUCGACCACCGCCAGGACGUGGAGUUCCCCGAGCACUUCCUCCACCCGCUGGUGCCGCUUCAGUUUGCCGGCUUUUUGGCCCAGGCCCCCAACAACUACCGCCGCUUCUUGGAGCUGAAGUUCGGGCCCGGCGCCAUCGAGAACCCAGAAUACCCCAAUCCAGCCCUCAGGAGCCUGACGGGCAGCGGGUGACGCGUUGGGGAGUUGGUGGCUGCUCGGUGCCAGACCAGCUCUCUGUCCUGCAUGGAGAAGAUCGAGGCUGUCCAGGAACGCCGGGGGUCAUGGGGAGGGGCACUCAGCAAGGGUAGCAAUAAAAGACCCCCUGCUACUGGGCCGGCCCAGAC